CGUUAAGAAGCGCGCACACGUGCCUGAGCUCUCUGCACCCAGGGAACAUGGCGCAUCUGGCACGGCGCGCGCUGCUCUUCUUCUGCUUGGCUUUUCCGUGCCAUGGAGCUGAGAGAGUGAAGAACAGAGGAAUCCGACAGAAAGACCCUGAAUACCCCGAGAAAUAUGGAAGCUGCGUGCAGGGGCCGGCGGGAAUCCCAGGCCGAGAAGGAAACCCGGGAGUGAACGGAAUCCCUGGAACGCCAGGAGUCCCAGGACGAGACGGGGCCAAGGGAGAGAAGGGCGAGUGCAUGAGUGAGAGGUUCGAGGAACCAUGGAUCCCCAAUUACAAGCAAUGCGCCUGGAAUUCCCUCAACUAUGGCAUCGACUUGGGCAAAAUCGCAGAGUGUACGUUCACAAAGCUGCGCUCAGACAGCUCUCUGCGUGUCCUCUUCAGCGGCUCGCUCCGGCUCAAGUGUAAAACGGCCUGCUGCCAGCGCUGGUACUUUACCUUUAAUGGAGCCGAAUGUUCCGGCCCUCUGCCCAUCGAGUCCAUCGUUUACCUAGACCAGGGCAGCCCCGAGUUCAACUCCACCAUCAACAUCCACCGCACCACGUCAGUGGAAGGUCUGUGCGAAGGCAUCCGAGCCGGUCUCGUAGAUGUGGCCAUCUGGGUGGGCACGUGUGGGGACUACCCACACGGUGACGCCUCCACCGGCUGGAACUCCGUCUCCAGGGUGAUCAUCGAUGAGCUGCCAAAAUGACCUUCGACUUCGGGACGACGGCGACCGAGGGUCUACACCGAUCAGGCGUAACAUUAUGACCACCUGCCGGAUAUUGUGUUGGUCCCCCAUUUGCUGCCAAAACAGUCCAUCAACAGCUUGAACUUCUUCAGCAGUCUGAGCUACAGGAUCUCGUCUGUUGGACACUCGGACCAGCCUUCGCUCCUCACGUGCAUCAAUUCACCACUGUUCCUUACAUUGGAGCACUUUUGAUAGAUACUGACCACUGCAGAUCAGAAACAUCCCACAAGAGCUGCAGUUUUGGAGAUGCUCUGCCCCAGUCGUCUAGAUGUCACAAUUUGUCAAA